CGUCGUUGUAUUGUAUCGGAAUGAAAGAUCGUGCGGCGUGAAAGAGUUCAUGGUUUUUUGCUCUCCAAGAGAACUUACAUUUGAUCUUCUAUUGUUUACUGUAAGGUAUCCUUAAUCGGAAUAUGAAGGGUUCAUUUUUGGGCCAAAUCUUGGACAAAGCCGGACGAGGGAUUGUUUAGUAACGGGCGAUUGCCCAACGAUGAAAUAAUUGGAAUUGAACUUUACCACUGUGUGUAGAAAUUAGCUCCUCUUUAACAACACUUGAAACUUCCUGAUUAUAGUGGGGAAAUUUUUUCCAAAUCAAAAAGUCUUCCGUUGAAAAUGGACAGAGUGUUGGAAGUUCGGCGCCCGCCUGAACAAAGCCAAGUGGCCCUGUCUCGAGCUUCGAAGAUUUUCUUCGGAUGCGACAUUUUCCAAGGUAAGCUUGCUGUUUACAUUUCAUGAUCGUUAAGGUUUGCUCAGCGACGGUAAAUUGAUAAAGUGAGAGUACAUUUCUUGUUUUUGCGUUGAAGUGAGACUGUUCCGAUUGCGAUCUUGUGGCGUGGCGUAAUUUGCAAAUCAAUGAUACAACUUUUAAUUUUAAUAUUAAACUCGUGCACUUCUCGGUAAAUUUCAAUUGGUUCUGUCUGCACUGAUCUGAUAAAAGCUUCCUUGCGUAAAUCUCUUGACCAGUGUCUAAAGGUUUUCCGCCCAGGUCGUUUUUGAACAAAAUCAGGUAAUCGAUUGAUUUCGCUGCCCUUUAGUAAACAAAGGAUACAACAAAAGCCGUGACUGAGAGCUUAUUAAACGUCAAUCUUGCUUAAAAUUUGACCCCUAGCGACGAGUUUAGCUAAACAUAACUCAAGACGUUAUCAGAUGCGAUUAAAAACAUUAUACCUCGGAAAGUGACAAUGUCAAAAGAUGUGUUAACAUGAAGGUUAUUAGGAGAUACAGUGUACGUGUAUGGUUGACGACAGAUAAAAGUUUUUUUUUUAUGUAUACAUAUUUUUUGAAAUAUUAAAACCGAAUAGAUUUCAACUAUUGUUUAAGUAUACUGUUUUACUUUUGCAAUAAUUUAAAACUGCCGUAAGAAUUAUAAGAAAAAAAAUUAAAAUAGUAGUGUUUCAUGUCUUUGAAAAUUUUAUUCUCCAUUUUAUACCCUAUUGUGAUUCUAAAUAUAAAAGACGUCUGAUUUUCAUAAUUUAAACAGCAGUUUUGAACAGCAGGUGAUCAAUUAGAAAAGGAACAUUAUGGCUAUCUGUUUUAGGAUAUUCAUUAAAGUUUUAUUCUUCUAAUUUUUGUUGUUUGGUUUUUUAAAAUGAUUGUCAAAAAUCAAAGAGCAACUCUUGCAAUUGCAUUAAAAUUCAAAAAUAGUAAUAUUAAAUAUUCCCUUAAAGGAUGCUGCAAGAAUUGUUUUAAACAAAUUUUUGUGACAGGUGAAUAAUGUUUUUAUUUAUAGAAUUUUAAAAUAGUUUUUUUUAGUCAAGAGAAGUGUUGGUUUUUUAAAAUGGCACAACCAUGGUAAUGUCAUAAAUCUGAGUAUUGUUAUUUGGCAAAUAUAUUUAUUUUCAGGUAGCAUGUGAAACAAUAUGCUACUUAAAAUAUUUUUAGAAGCUGUAAAAAAGGAAUUUUCACAAAAUCAUUAUUUUAUUAGUAAGUAACCUUGUUGAUUCCUGAUGCAUUCACAUUUAGAAACAACAAGGUCAGCCUGUCAUGUAAACUUCUUUGUAUUUUACCGUUUUCAAGGAUGAUACAUGUUGUUUGCCAUAAAAAAAAAUAAUAUUAAAAAAACAAAGAAUAGAAUCUAAGCAGGGAGGGGUGGGGGCUAACUUAGCAUGUGAAGGUCACAGGAUACCCCAUACUGUUUCAAGGGAAGGCAGCCUGAAUCAAUGCAAUAAAAAAUAUUACAAAUAAUCAUAGACUUUUCCCACUGGUUUAUCCACCAGAGUUGCACUGUUUAAAUUACACAAACAAUUACCAGGUACCAAAAAUGGUAGACUUUAAAGGGCUUUUCUUUUAAUAGGAAAAUAAAAUUUUCCUGCAUACUUUCUCUCACAGCUAACCCAGGAAAACCAUGAACACCAGAAAUGUUUUGUGUUGCGAGAAAAAAGCCAGUCAGGCGUGACAAAACCACAAGCAAGAAUGUUCAUUAGUUUGUGGUUUUGUGGCUACCGGUAGUUCCCGUGUCCUGAUCUUUGCUGUGAUUAGUCGUAACACAAUAAGCAUUCCUGAAAGUGUUCACGUUUUUGCCAGUUUGACUGUAAUAAUUUUAAUUUUUUGGUGAUUAUAUUCCUUAGUGAUUGCUGUUGUAGUGUUUCAAGGUUCCAUGAUUGCUCUUGGAGAUUUCAGUGCAUACAAUAAUACUCAGGUAAAUCAGAAACAUCUAAUCAAAUGUACAUUUGUAGCAAAAUGUAACAGACUUUAUGAUAUGGCUACAGUAGUAUGCAUGCUCGUAUUGCAGGCUGCUAAGCGGGCCUUAUUAACUUAUAAUGAUGUGGCAUUCCAAGCUACAUGUAGGUGUCCAUGGCAUAUACAAUAUUAUUUUGUAUGGUCAAUGUUAUGGUCAAAUUGACAGCUGUCAAAAAGGGUAUCCACUGACCAUUGUCACAUGACUGUAUCCUGGGCUCAAGUGUACAACUCUAUCGCUUGGUCAAUGCAUCAAGGCCUCAGUCUGAGAUUUCCCUGUGAUGACCUCACUCUUACUUAAUAAGUGGUGUAUAACUUAUGUUAUGCUAUGCUGUCAUCAUUUUUUUCCUGGGAAACAAAAUGAGGAAAAAUCAGGGCUGUGGUCUAACAGUGCCUAGUGGGCUUUCAUAACUUGUUGAAUUAGUUAUGCCCCCAAGAUCAACAAACACAUUCUCUAGAAUGAUCCAUUCAUUUCCUCAAAGAAUUAAUUUGUUCCUUAGAGAACUAAUUAUUUUUGGUGAUCAUUUUGUUAAUUCUAAUAAUUUAUUCUCAGUUAGUUUUAUUAUUGUGAAGGUGAAAAUACCACUUGCCAAACUGGACAAGUAAUGUGCAAUGAUCCACUGGCCCAGACUUGAUUAUGUUUUUGAGUGGGUGAAUGUUAAUUUCAAACCUUGGCUGAAUGUAAUAUGUUUUGUAUGUAUACAGCACCCUGGUAUGGGACCAGGCCGCAGGAUUUACAUGGCAAUGUACAUGGGGGCUGUAGUAUACACUUGUUUUCUCUGCUUGUUUGCUGUAAGUAGCAAUAUUUUUUUCACUGUUUAGUUACCUUCCCGUAGUCUUAUGUUUUUUAUUAUCCACCCUUUAUUAUAUGGCUACAACAGUAUGCGUGCUCUGAUUGGCUGUUUUCUUGUAAUGACCUGGCGUAACUACAUAUAGCUAGGUGUCCAAGGCAUAUGCAAUCUGUGUUUAACUUGAUAGUGGACAUCCUCAUCGAAAAAGGUAUCCUCUGACCGGUGUCACCUGACUGUAUUGCAGGCUCAAGUGUACCACUAAUAAUAUUGUGGUGACCUGUUUAUUUAAAGUUAUCCGCUGACCAGUUGUUGGCUUUUGAUCACAGGCUCAGGUCCAUAAUGAAAAGACCAUAAUUAUAAUAAAUAACUUAUUGACCUCAUCUGUUCAGUCAUUACAGGGAAACCUCAGGCUGAGGUCUGAGAUUUCCCUGUAAUGACCAGCCUCACUCUCAGUUUAUAAUUAACAAUUAUUCUUUGAAAUCGAGGUGAAUAGUGGCCAAAUAUUUACCAAGCCGUGAAAGCGGUGAGGUAAAUAUUCCUAAAGCCACUAUUCACUGAGACUGAAAAGAAUAAUUGUUUUAGUAUAUACACACGAAGUGAUCUCAACAAAAUCACAGAGGAAACCAUUAAAAAGUACGAUUUGAUUGACAGAUCAAAUCACGUGUAAGUUUAAAAAUAGAUCUUUGCAGAAUUUUCAAACAUGGCAAUUCACAAGUUUAUCAUUUCGCAAACAACAGCGUAAUGGCUUAAAUGGAACAGCUAAAAGUUUGAACUGUUUUCUUACCUGAGAAGAAAAGUAGAGCUUUGUUGUUUUGUGUUGACUCGCCAAGUUUAUAGCCUAAAGGGUUUGUUGUGUCGUUCUUUGCAUGAAGUGCUGACUAAAAGGCGGCUCGGUUGCUCGAGGUAAGACAUUGUCUUCCUGUAUCAUUCUUUUUCCUGUUUACUUGGAACGUAGAAUUUCUGCAAACAUUUCCUUUUAUAUUUGUUUGUCAUGAAUAAACUUCGAUUUUUGAGCCAAAAUUUUCUUGUUAGAAAACGCUGAGUUCACGAAACGGCUUCUUCUACGCAAAUACACGGGAGUUGUAAACAAUCCAUCGAGCACAAAACUCAGCUGCAGUAAAUUGAAAAACGCCGUAUUGAAUCCUUCCAAGUCUUUUCUUACCUUAAAAAAAGUCAGCCCUAGGCUUUUAUCGACUUUUAAAAGAUCGUUCUCUAAAAAAAUGGGAAAAACACUGAGCUCACCCAUUAUCCACUCGCUAGGAGGUGAAUAUUGUUGAAUAGUCCGAGAUAGCGAACCAAUCAGAUUGCUUAAAUCACCAAGAUCACUGAGUGUGUAUAUACCAAUAAGUAGUAUUUACUGCCUCAUGCCAGUUUUUGUCUCUCAUUUUACUUUGUACACUAUUGAAACAAAUUAGUGACUUUUACUGUUUUCACUUCUCAGGACAUUCUUAUUUUUAUCAUUUCAACUAUAUUUUUCACCUCAAAAAUAUUUACUUUAGAAAACUAGGAAUGUUGGAAUAACUACCUAUUUGUGCUUUGUAUUUUCUUUCCAGGUAAAGAAGCAGAACUUUAUGGAAAUUAUCGCCUUCGACUUGCAGAACUUUGCAUUUGUGACCUACAGCUUCAUUCAACGUAAGUUGCAGUGUUAUUGCUUCAGCAAAUCUCAGUAUGAAAAUUCCAAAGGAUAGCAUCUACACACAUUCCUCUAUCCCCCCCCCAAAACAUUUUUUUUUCGAAGUUAAGUCAAGUCAAACUUUAUUUUGCCAGCAAGGCUACACUCUAAGAAGAAUUGAAGGAAGUCAUGUGCUCUGAGACUGUGAAAUCCAGGGUGCCCAGCAUUGUUUUCUUGGAAAAAACUGAGAUUUUUUAGUUACCAGGGGCCACCGGGAACUACUAGAGCUCAGCUUUGGGCAGGGUAGCCAUAUCUGCCAUUGGCUGGUAUCAAAAAGAGCCCUGUGUAAGUUAUGAUUACAAUCUCAAUGAUUGUUAUAAUGAAACCUCCACAAAUGGCCACCUUGCCAUGAUGGCCACUUUUUUUGGCAGACAGACCAUACUCCAUAUGUAAAACAGGACAAAAUAAAAUUCAGGUUAAAUUUUUUUAACCUAGGUUGAAGCUUAAUUUUCUUUGUCUUCAAGCCCUAAUUCAUAAAAAAUUAGGGCUAGGAGACAAAGGAAAUGGAGAAUCAACCUAGGUUAAAAAAUUUUAUCCUGAAUUUAAUUUUGACCUGUAACACAUACAUUGACUCCUUUUUAAACUUUUCUACAACGGCCAUUGUAGAGAGGUUCAACUGUAUUUGAAAAUGAAGAAGAACAUAAGUUAUGUAAGUCAUGUCAAUAAUAUUGUUACCACUCACAUGUUAAUUUUGCAAUGUACAUUUUGUAUUGCAGUUUAUCAUGUUAAAUUCAAGACGUACAAUGGAUUGAGAACAAGUGAAAAUGAUUCUCUGCCUAAGAUUGUGAUAGGCAAUGUAAGUUAAUAUUGUUUUAAGAGAUCCUUUUUAAGUAAUUAAUGCCGUGACGCUGGCCAGAUUGAUCAGGUAAUUGUCUGGUUAGGUGUGAUAAGGUUUUUGUGUAUCACACACUUGAUGGCUUUUAUGUGAUUUCAGUGGGAUUAUUUUUAUUGCAUUACAGGCAGCCACACUCUUGUUGCUAAAUAUUGUCUUCACGUAUUUGUCUUACAAACUGUACAUGGAAUUUGGAUGGAAGAUAUACAAAAGAGUGCGGUUCAACAUCAAGCUUCGAGGUAAAACGCAGACUUUGUCGUAAAUAAAACUACCAGUCUUUAUUUAUUUCAGAUCUUAGGAAAGUCACCUCUGGGUUUCAAAGGAUAUAAUGAAGAUCUUUUGAAGACUUUCUAAUAAUUUAAUAGGCAGUUAGUUUUUAUGUUAACCUCAACCAUCCACAUUUUUGAAUUUUAGGUGGAUCUGGACUUCGUCUCAGUCCACAAAAUCGUAAUACGAACUUGGCCAGUGUAUCCAGUUAUCUUGACUGGACAAGCUUGGCCAAUAAAGGACUUAUUAUAUGGCCAAAAGAAAAUGUUUUCUUGCGUGAUCAAAGCGGGAAAUCCCGAUUGAACAAAUUAGGGAGCUUUUUCAACGACGACGGCGACGGCAACGAGAGAUUGGCAAAAAAAAAAACUUUGCACGUGAUGUAGCACACUUUGUAAUGUGAAAUUCCCUGACAGAAAGUUUUAUGGAGGACGUAACCACCCCAUGACAAAUUUUUCUUUCUCCUUCUCAACUUUGGGUUCGGUCCCAAAAAGUCAAUUCCAGAAAACUUACAUAUAUUUGACGUUUUAAGCGAGUUGAAAUAAUCUCGAUAAAAAAAGUUUGAAAAACGCAAAGAUUUUUUAAAUGUGACGUUUUUCGCUGUGAUUGCCUUUGACGUCGCUAAAGGUCCCUAACAGACCCUCAGAACAUGCCGACUGAGAAGUCGCGUAACUUUCUGGAAAAAACAACACUCUACAAAUUGUUUCAUGACACCAUUCAUGACCAUUCAUGUUUUCAAAUGAUUAAUCUUACUCAGUUUGGUAAUUAUUCCGGAAAACAUUGUUUUAUCAUGACUUAUCCUAGAUUGAAAUGGAUGCACUUUUGUAAAUGAGGAGCAAACAUACCGAAUAAAGUAUUGACAAGUGCCCUUUCUUUGUAUUUUACAGGAAUUUAUCAAAUUUAUGAAUUGCUGUCGUGCCUUUUAAAGAUCGAAAUUCUUUAUUGGGUUAGUAUUACAUGUACUUUAUGUUUUAAAACUGUGGUUUGAGUAUAUCUCGAAGGUUACCGGCCUAAUUAAUGUGAGUUUUCAAAUUCCAUGCUUUCUCGAAUAAUUCUGUACUUACUAAAGGUAUCUCUUAGAUCUGAGUUGAUCGCAAUAAAUGGAGUUUGAAACGAAACUCAACUGCUGUUUUUAUCAAAAGUUAUAAAAUAGGGAUGUGGCUUCCACAUGCAAUCUGAUCUUUCGCGUUUUUCACGAUUGCAAAAUAUCGCGAAAAUAAAGAUCCGUGAUAAUAAAACCUCGCGGAAUUUAGGAACGCGAAAUUAAAUGCUCAUAUAGAAAAUUCAAAUUGUCACAAAAAAAAUAUUAACUUGAAAUGGCAACAUCAUAUACAGGAUAUGUAUCGACAAUAUAACUUGUUAACUGGUUAUACUAGUAAACUUCAGAGUGAAGUAAGGUUAUUUGUAAAGCUUUCACACAUUGCUUUUCCAGUUUAACUAGAAAUUUGAAAACUUUUUCAAAAAUAAAAUGAAGUUGAGAAUGCUUAAAUCGCGAAAUUUAAUGCCCUUUUCUCAUAUUUGCGUAUUGAAAUCGCGAAAAUAGAACCCUCCAAAAUAGCCUCUCGCAAAAAUCGGGCACGCGAGAGCGCGAGGAGCGCGCGCGAACGCCAGGAAUUUAGGGUGUCCGUAACAGCAACGCUGUCCGUAACACUAGAGUCAAUUUAUAAAGGUUACUUUUUUUUAACAGGGAAUGUAUGCAGUUGUUCACAGCCUGGUUCUCUUACGAGAUACACAUAACGUCCUGUUUUUCCUAAGCUUAUCAUUCAUUCCUCUUUCAUUGAUUUAUGCUGGCCUUGGUUUUUAUGCUGUAAGUAUAAUUUUAUUUUACGUCUUGCAUAAAAAUACUUUCUUAAAGGGUGUUUUUUUUUUCAGCCUAGAAUGAAUGUUCUUAAUUUUCUCUCUCAUUUCCCUUAGGGGUUAGUCAGGCGAGCACUUUAAUUUACGCGAUGUCGGUGCGUGAAAAUCGCCACCUGCAAUAAAGGUCUCUUUACUGCGCCAACCUCGUUCCCAGGACGAGGUUGUUCCCUGAUCGUGUCACCUUUCUCGCGAGGGUGAUUUUCACGCGCGCUCACGUAUUUUGCUCGCCCCAAUACCCCUAAUGAGGGACUAUCGUGGUCCACAAAGCCUUUAGCUGGGUACACUUUGGGGGACUUCGAAAAUGCUGGCAAGGGCCUCUACAAACUAGUAGCUGUUACGUAAAUUUUUUUAUUGCUCCAAAUAUUUGAUCUGAGGCCUGUUUUGUUGUUUCAGACCCGCCGCGAGAACAGGUUUUUGAUGAUAUUUUUUCUCAGCCUGACUAUUGGUGGGAUUGGAUAUUUCUUGUACAAACUUUAUGGGUAAGUGUUUAAAUUGUUUGCGAAAUGUAGUCAUACUUGCUCUUUGGAAAAGUUGCUCUCUCUACAAGCAAUAAAAAUCUUAUUACCCCUGGUGAGCAUAACGAGUUGUGUUAAAAUAUUGACUGCAUCCUUUCUUCCUUGCUGUCGUCUUGUCGUCUUUGUUUCAAUCACGUGGCACAAUUUAAGCUUCAAAACUUGGUUAAUCCCUGUACGUCUUCCCAGGCCUUCUUGGUCAAAGCAUUUCGGUGACGUAGCCGCAUGACCCGAAACGCAUCGGCCGCGCGCAAUAAUGAGGCCUAAGGACUAGGCAACUUCAAAACGUCAUAUAAAUUGAAUUCAUUUCAAUACAUUUUGAGGGGGCCUUAUAUCCGAGGAUGGCUUAUAAUCGGAUGUACUUUUUUUGUUUACAGGUAGAUGUGCCUAUAACUGGGGCGGGGGUGAGGAAGCUUAUUUUGCGGCAUUUGACUGUAUUUCUACGAACUAUUUAAAUGUUGCAGGUUCGUUACACGCAAGUGCAGCGGAUGUGCAGAGUUUGUGGAAAAUGGUAAAGAUAUACCCAGCGAAGCUUUCAUGCAUUUUGUCUACUUAGGUAAGAUCUUUCAGCCUGUGCUGAUUUUGUAUGUUGUUUUGAUGUGUUAGCAUACAUAGAGUCGUCUAUCCUGUUCCAGGCGUGUAGAUUGUGGGAAUGGCGCAAACAGAGGUGUGCAGGAAAAACAGCGACGGGGUAGGGUGGGGUGUCCUCGUGCGAUACUCCGCUAUCCUAACGCCUGGAGCAGGCUAGGAGCCGUGAAGCUCAUCAUUGCUUAGGUAAUAUUCAGUAGUUUGCCUUUGGAAAGAUAUCGUAAGUAGGUCUGCCUCAUUUAAGCAAUAGAAAACGUUUUCCGUGUUUGCAUAGCCUUAUAUAAAAGCGAGAGGGUUUGGGAAAAUUCUCUCAACCCCCGAGGGAAUGGGUAAAUAAAGUAAACUUGUCGAGUUUUCAACUCAAAAUCUUUUUCAAAUUCGUGCUUGAGUGAUUAGCUCGCGAAAAACAAAUCAUUUUGACGUCACAACCAUGUUUACAUACUUUCAUGCAAACACGCCUCCUGGCCGAUCAGAGCGCGUACUAUCUUAAAUAUUUUAUAAUUCUUUGUAGGAACCGUGAACUUGCUUGUACUCAUAGCAAUAUUUGGUGUUGCACUGAAGACGUACCGUAACUUUGGUGGUGGAUUAGCUCAACAUUGUAAGUAAUAACAUAAAAAGAACAUGAUUAGUGCGGAUAUUACCCUGCAUUGCAGGCGUAUUUUUUGGCGAACGAAGUUUAUGUUACUUUAUUCGCAAUCUUUGAUUUUAUCACUGAGGAAGACUGGAGAGAGUAGGAAUAAAUGAAAGUGAAGAAUAAUCAUCGCAGUAAAUUUUCCAAUUUAAGCAAUUGGAAAGAAGAAGCCUGAAAAAAAUCAGGGCUUCCCGUUGAAGCCCUGACUUUUUUUUUCAGGCUUCUUCUUUCCAAUUGCUUAAAUUGGAAAAUUUACUGCGAUGAUCAUUCUUCACUUUCAUCUACAAACGCAGUUCAAAAAUGAAUUAUUUCAUAUAUACUUCACAGAGUAGGAAUAGUAACCCUUGUUUUGAGAGGAUCGCCGCAACUCCUCGGCUCCUACGGUUACUCAUCCGAAGAAAACGCUUGCGAAGCAGGCUCUGCGGAAAUUGUCAUACUUACAAAACGCUGUGCGCAGUGCUUGAGUUUUAGCGCAACUUUUCAAGUAAACGUAGUAUGUUUCACGGCAUAAACUACAAGGAGUCCCUUUAUUUUAUCAGAGCUCAUCGAAAUGGCGGAAGAGGAAUAGCAUUGUUAGGUGUAGGUGGUUAGCAUGGGCUCGAUUGCUAUUCUGACCACUAGCUAUGUCAUUGUGUUUUAGUAGUCCAGUGUUCAACUCUUCGACCAUGCUUACCUUCUGCCAGGUGUUAGUCUGUUUUUCACUCACACUGUUAUGAGCUAAACCCGUUUGGUUCUUGUGUUUGUUUGGCCUUCUUCGGAGACCCAAAGCGGGCAGAGUUUACGAAGCCCAGGCCCCGGUUAUUCAAACGUUGGAUAACGCUAUCUACCGGAUAUUUAUUUAUUUACUUAGGUUCGGCAAUUCUAAGCAGGGACAUUACGGCAGGCCCGUAAAAGUCCCCCCCCCCCCCCCCCCCAACGCCUUAUAAGAGAUAGACCACCACAUCCGGGACUACGUCCCUUACUAUUUACAAACCAUGUGCGGGUUCUUCAAUAUCCCACAGAAUUUAUAUGUGCAACGGUUGUGAGACGGGGCCACGGUUUAUCGUCCUUAUCCGAGAAGACUAUAAAAUAUAACCGUUUGCAGAUGUUUUUACAAAGGCAGCACUCCUCAGUUAAUUAAAGACGCUGAGUGUUGGUCCGGCAGGGGUUUGAACAGACAGCAGCCUCCCGCUCGGUAGACCAGCGCUUAUCCAGUUGUGCAGUGAAUAGGUAUUAGCGAAACUACUUGCGUAGUCCAUUGGAUAGAGUUAUUCAAAGUUUCAACAACUGGGACGUGACUUUUUAAAAUCCUUUGGUACUUUGUAGGCCAGACCAAAAGUUCCGGUUAGUAUUAAUAUCAAAUAGGUGGUCACAUGAAAUGUUAGCAAAAUUCAUGUUGUGCGUGUCGUGCGUGAGGCGAUUGAAUUUGUCUACCGCUAUAACUCAUUGUGUCUUAAUUCUUUUUUAUCUUUCUCGACAGUUAACCGUAAGAAGCCUCAGUUAAAACUAUCCGCGCAAUAUGACUUAAACCUGGGACGAGGUAGUCAUAAUUACCCAGAGGAAAGUGUUAUCUCUGUGACGUCAUACGAGUUUGACGAGUUUGGCGAAAGCGUAAGACUGGACCGAGGCUUGCUACACCCUGGAAUGGCCGCUUUACCAACACUUACGGAAGGCGGACAGAAUCUUAUAGACAAAAGAAGUUGCAGUCUGCCAAAUUUGUUGCCUGAAUUGCCAGCAAGGUCCUCACCGUUUUUAAGCAAGUCUGGUGAAAAUGGGUCUGUUUUUUUACAAAUACCAAAAGAGAAGUCUGCAGCCCGAGUAAUUACCAGUAUCUGUGAGGAGAAACCGGUGGAAAAUAACGUGAAAGAUACCCAGGAAUGUAUUAAAAAUAUAAAGUGUGAUGAAGUGUGUGAACAAGACAGUGAAAACGGGGCUAAAUCUCCUAGUAAUGGACAUGCUGUUGCACCUAUUCGUAAGAACGGGUGCGUGAAAGGGAGAGCUCAGACGUAUCGAGAAACGCAUUUAGCGCCCGAGAAAAAACAAAACGGUCAUUUGCUUGGAAAGACUCGUUUUAAGACAUCUGAAACAAACGCUGAACAAUGCCAGUUUGAGUUACAAGCUGUAAAUAGAACGAAUUGUCACUGCGGUAACGUUGACAAUCAAUUUUCAAAACAGAGUUCUACGCAAGAAGUUGUUGGUGAAAAUCCAUUACUUGACAGGAACCAAACGUACCUAAGAACUGCGGGAAAUGGACGGUCUUCUAAUUCUUGUAGCGAUGGGGAAGUUCUCGUUUCUUAGCUUAAUAGCAUAGAUUGGUGUUUUAAUUAUUUUUAAAUUAUUUUUUAAAUUUUUAUGACUUGAAUGUUAACCGUAGAGUUUGGCCUGCUUAUUUAUAUGAUUCCGUUCAUAACAUUACGUUGUCGAUCACCUACGUUCUUAUAAAUUUGGUGUAAAAAUAACGCGGCUGAGUAUAUUUUAACUCACUAGCGACACAAUUACAAAUAAAAAGAUUACAAUGUGUAC